GAUUUGCAAGAACAGUUGUUCCCAUAAUGUGUGUCAAAUGUUUAGCUGAACUAGAAAAUAAAAAUAUCUGAAGAAAGAAAAUAAGGAACAUUUUGUUGUGAAAAUAAAAAAAAAAAAGAGAGCUAGAGAAAAUUUCUAAUAUAAGACUUUCACUUGCAUAGUUGAAUUUCCAGGAAUUUUCUUAGCUCUUAUCUUCUUUUACAAAAAUGUAAUGACUAAAUGAAUUUAUAUUCAUUCCAGAAGUGUUAUAAAUAUUUAACGGUAUAAUUGUUUGGUGUCAUUAGUUAAAGCCACUUAUACACUAGAGCAGUCGGCCCCCCCGAGUGGAGGGGGUGCAUGAUCACGUCUCGAAUGAGCAAUGAUCAUUUCUCGAAUGAGCAAUGAUCAUUUCUCGAAUGAUCAUUACUCAAUCUGGUCUGUGCUUAUAUGGACCGAACAGGAAACCCAAUCUGUGCUGUGUAGUACAGGCAGUUCAUUGGUUCUUGCCUGUCUUGUGUCUACAAUAUCAAGUUCAAAGGCCAGUUCUAACACAAGCAAGGCUGCGGAAGACAUCUAUAUUGAUGAUGCUGACUCUGAGGCCGAGGGCUCUGGCAAUGGAGCUCGGGAGGUGAAAGAUGAUUUAGAAGCGAGUGGCUCUGGUUUUGGACCCGAUGAUGAAGAUGGCGAUGGCUUGCCUGAGUCCAACUGUUCACCAACAUUACCUCCUAAAGCCUAUGGUGUUCCACCUUGGAUCAAAGGAGCUUUAUUGACUUCUCAGUUUAGAUACACCAUGCUCAAGCGUUGUAAAGUCCUCAAGUAUAGCUUCAAAGAAAACACAGAGGUUGCUGCAAAUCCUAAAUCCGGCGGUGAAGGUUCAACUCAUAAGACAAUAGGAUGGGAUCCUCCACCUGAAGAAAAACAACCCGUUGAGAAAUAUCCUGGCAUUGAUGACGGUGUAAAUACUAUUGGACCUCCAGACCGUGAAAAAGAAGGAGUGUUCAUCAUGACUCCAAAUCAUGAAGACAGGGCAACAUCAUUCUUUGCUCAACCUGGCAUAUUAGCCGCGGUAAUAGGUGGAGCUGUUGUUGGUUUACUCUGUGCCAUACUUGUUGUUAUGUUCAUAGUAUACAGAAUGAGGAAGAAAGAUGAAGGUUCUUAUGCACUAGAUGAACCUAAGCGUUCACCUACUUCUAAUUCUUAUUCAAAAAAUUCUAAUCGAGAGUUUUAUGCUUGAGAAUGAAUAUGAAAAAAUCCCUUGACUGUUGAUACUACCUUUUUGAACCUGAUUUAUUACUUUUAUUUCAUUUUUUAUUUUAUUUUUUUUAUUAUUGUGCAUUCUUUUAAAUUAUUUUUUAUACAUAUAUUUUUAUAUAUUUGAACCAAAUAAUCUCCAUUCCCAUUUAAGUAUUUUUAAAUGUUUCCCUUUUGUUACUUUAUAAAAAGUUAAUUUAUUGGAUUAAAAAGGGUUCUGUGUCCCAUAAAAGAAUAUUUUAUGGUAGCAUAAAAUCAAAUCAUUCGGGCAUUGAAUUAGGGAAUUGAUUCAUCCUUGUCUCUACAUGUUGGGAGAAUUAGAAUUGUCACAAUUCGCAUAAUUAGUGAAAAUAUUCCAAAAUUCGAGCCAUGUUCCAUUAAGGAUCAUUCUGGGAUGUUUUUAGAAAUUGAGCAAAUUUUUUACACUGGCACUGUGCUAAAAAAAAUUUGUAUAGAAGUCUUUUGCAAUUGAACUGUUCAAGUAAAAUAUUAUUUAUUACCAUUGACACAGUUAUACCCAAGUAAAAAAAAAAACUUGAUGUAAUGAGUAUUGGUGUUUUAUUUAUUGAUGUUUCUAUGUGGCAUAAAAAUAUCUGAUGUGUUGUUCUUUUUUCAUUUUUAAUAAUAAAGCUCUCUAUUUCUUAUUUAACUUGUUAUUAUGUUAGUGUUCAUUGUUAAGAAUUUUUAAAUAAUUAACUCCAUAAUAUUGGUAUUAUUAAAUUUUCUAAAUAGUUUUUGUCUGGUUUAUAUCACAUAUUUGUAUUUUAUACCUCAAGCCAUAAAACACUGCAAUAUCAUUUGCUUUAUAUCCAUUUGUACAUACUUCUUCAUUUCAGUGAUGCUUUUAUGCAUUCGUAGUUAUAAAUAAAUAUUAGACUUAUUAAAUUAUAAAUAUAAAUAUAUAUCUGUCACAGUAUAUUUAAUUACUUCGAGUAUGUAAAUAAUCAUGUGUUUGACUAAAUUAUUCUUAUUAAUUAUAUAUAGUUAUUAUUGUUAUUUUAAAUUGCCAUAAUUGAGCCACAAAGAUUUUGGUAAAAUGUAUCUCCUUAUCUGAGAUAAUAUUUUGCAACCACUGUAUUUUUGAUGUUUUGAACGUGAACGUUUUAGAAAGAGCCAUGUUGAUAUUGUAUUGUGAAUUAGGUGCUAGUGAGAUAUACUCUAGACAGUAUACAAUAAUGAUGCACAUACUCUUGUGUAUUUGAUAAUUUUGAAUAUAAUAAUCCCUCCUAUCAAUUUAUAAUAUAUGUUUUGAGUACCUAUUUUUUAAUACAUAGAAGCAUUUAUGUAUGCAUUUCAUAUUUAUAUAUACGAAGCCAAAUGAUCUUUCCUUAUUAUUUUUGUUUUUAAUACUAAGUUAACAUGAUGUACAAAUUGGUUGAUUUAUGUUGGUUGUUAAUCUAUAUAUUUUUUCUCUUUAGAUUUAGGAUAUUUUAUCUUCUCAACCAGUGUCAUAUGGUACUAUACCAACCUCUUUUUUUUUUUUCUAAUUUAUAUUUAUAUAGAAAUGAAGCUUUUACAGUAAAUAAGUAUUUUCACUUGUAUCUACCAUACAUAGAUGUAAUUAGUGUGUGGCUGAUAAGAGAAAAUUGAAAGAAGUACAUGAGGAAAACUUGUGUAACUGUAUGAUAAAUAAAUAAUAUAUCUACAUACUUCACAAGUAAUGUAUUAAAAUAAACAAUUUUGUUAUACCUUAUAAUUUUAAUCUUUGUGUAUAUCUCUGUCCUAAAUUAUCUUAUUAUCUAAUAUAAGAAUUUGUUUUCAUCUGGGGAUGAGUUUAUUUUAUUGGAAAAAUCGUUUAUAGAAAAUUCACAGUGUUAAGAAUAACAUAAUCCAGGUUUUUGGUUUUUUUUUUUUUUUAAUUGAAGGCUUCAACCAUCAAGCUUUGAACAUUUCAGAAAAUAAAAGAGUUUGUCAAAUUCAGCCGUAUUGUUUUGUAAAAUAGUGUGUAGAUUUUUUGUCAAGUCACAAGAUAGUUUGAGUGUUUUGUAAGCUUGGCUUUCUGUUAAAAUGUAUUUUACUGUCAAAGGAGUCCCACGAGUUUGACAAGUCAGCGAAGAAUCACAGGCCAUGAGGUAUCCAUGGGUGACCUAUAUGCAAACGCGUAGGGAUUACUUCCUCUCUGCGCUUUUUCUGAUUUGACAAUGUCCAAGUGGAAACUUCACCUUCAAUCUCCCUCGAUUUAUUUUUGGUAAAAUUCGGCCACAUCUGUUUGGUGUUCUUUUUCUGUUUUAUGAUGCCUUUUUUUGUAGCUUGAUCAGCCAGUUCACUGCUAUUCAGCAAUGCCCAGAAACCCAUACCAAAAAUACUGAUAUAUUAUUUCUAUUUGUGUACUUCAUUGAGUACAGAAUGUUUCUAUAAUGACAUAAGAUGAGAAAACAUUUCUUAAACUAAUUAAGGCAAAAAGAGAAUCUGCAGAUUUUAAACUUUCUUUAAAUUUUAGAAUUUAUUAAUUUUCUUACAUUAUACUGGAA